CAGUUCACAAGCUAUCAUAGCUUUUUAGCCCCUUCCCCGGAAAAAAUAUUCAGUACUGACUUUGGGGCCUUUUUCUUUUGUCAGACUGUGUUAUAUAUAGACUAUAGAGAUAAUAGACUACAUAGAUUAAAGAUACUUAGACCUGAUGCCUACUUAUGUACAGCUUAUCCUGUUGAAGAUGAGGAAUAUUAUAUUUAUUCUGAGCCUACUGAUCAUUCAAGUCUUAAGAUAUACACCACAUUUCAGAAGCCUCAGUAUGUGGCUGGAAUAUUUCUUUUGGCUAGUUACUGGUUUCAAAUUCCACCCCAAGUGUCAUGCAAAGUUAUCACAGGCUAUCGAUACAAUGGGACUUAUCAUGAAUAGGCAAAGGGAAUCCCCAAUGGCCACAAGUCAACAGGAAAUGAUGAGUUGUUCACUUACUAAUGAUAGUUUCUGAUGCAGGUCAACAGGCAAUGAUGAGAUGUGCAAUUAUUACAUCAUGUUCUACACAAAUAGUUCUGUAGCUGACUCAUCAGGAGAUUGUAAAUUCAAUGAACUUACACCACUGACAGGAGAUAACUUUCCCAAAGAUGUUAGUGUUCCACUUCCACCCAAUCCAGCUCUUGAAGAAGCAGCCAGAGGAUCUCACAACCAUCCAGGAGUAAAUCCCCCAGAACAAAACAAUGGAACUGUCCACUAAUGUGUAAAAUGGUCAGUCCUCAAUAAUGUUUGCCUGGGCUAAGAAUGCUCCUCCAACUGUCAUGCCCAAAGGUGUAGGUCUGAGAGUUGGCAGUAAAACUUCCAUUCCAACUAUUGUUGUACAAGUACAUUAUGCUCAAGUUUUUAAAGAUUCAGAACCUGAAGAUCACUCUGGACUAAAAUUUUACACAACACAUCAGAAGCCCCAGUAUGUUGCUGGUAUAUUUUUGUUGUCUGCUGGCUUCACCAUCCCACCACAUGUAAAUUUGUACCCUGUAGAUAUAAGCUGUACAUUCAGAAUGGACAAGAGUAUCUUUCCCUUUGCCUACAGAACACAUUCUCAUGGAUUAGGCUGCUAGAUGUACUUAUAACUCAAGUUCAAUGGAUCAUACUGUUGGGUGUUGGGUCUACAGGAAAUGAUGAGAUGUGCAAUUUUUAUAUUAUGUUCUACACGAACAGCUCUGCGGCUAAUCCUUCAUGGCAAUGUGGCACUAAUGAAC